CAGAGGAUGAUGAUGAAACACUGACUGUGUGUGUGUGUGUGAGAGAGAGAGAGAGAGAGAGAGAGAGAGAGAGAGAGAGACACCAGCACCGUUAGACACCUGUCAGUACAGGUGGGAACUGUAGACUGUGAAUAUCUGAACGUGAAGAUUUCACUGGAGGACUCCACUUUAACUCCUGGACUUUAAUAUCCAUUGAUGUUUCAUGUAAUAUUUGUGUUUUGGCUGUUACUGAACUCUAAUACCGACACUUGAUGUAGUCGGUGUUUAGCAAAUCCCAGGAACAUUGGACGUUUUCUGUGGAUUGACAAGCUGCUCUUGGAGGAAAACUGCUUCUUGGACACUUUCCCUUUUCAUUCGGAAGACGGUUAUCACUGCCUGAAGGAGUUUGUUUGUUUGUUUGUUUGUUUUCGUGAGACACUCUUCUUCAGAGAAGCUGUGUGUGAUCAUGGCAGACUUCCCAUCCAAAGUUACCACAGAGACCAGCUCGCCCAACUCCCAGGGCCCGCAGCAGGGUGGCAACAGCCUCCGACAGCUGGCUGCUGGAUUCACCACCUCGAUGGACACGCUCUUCGUCCGAAGCAUCCCAGGCAUCCUCAUGAUCACUGAGAUAGUCCUGGGGCUCCUCCACUGGGCAUUGAUAGCCAGUAGCCCCUACACUCUAUUGCCAGCAUACGGUUGGGUGAUGUUUGUGGCCGUCACUCUGUGGAUCCUCACCACCAUCCUGUUCUUCAUGAUCCUGUUCAGCGUCCCACGACAUCUCACUGCUGUCCCCUGGCCUUUGACGGUGAUGGUGUAUCACGGCGCGGCCACAGUCCUGUAUCUAUCCGCCUUCGCAGCCAACGCAGCAUCCGUCCACCCUUUCCAAGGUUUCUACUUCUUUGGACAUUUCGCAGCUGCCGCCUUCUUUGGCGCUGUUGUGACCGUGGCGUACGGUGCCAGUGCUUUCUUCUCCUAUGUGGACUGGAAGGAAGACGGAAGAAACGCAGCCACCAGCACAGUGCCCACCUAGGACUCCAACAUGAAACUGACGCUGCUUCUGGGAAAAAAACACUCCUUAUGUUUUUCUUUCCCUCAAAGAUACUAUAUUCAUGUGGAUAGUCUGCUAACGCUAUCCACAUACUAACGCUACUUAACACAAUCAAAUCAAGUCACUGUCAUGGAAACAUCAACAAAUCCUGACCUCAGCUCCAGUAUUAUCAAGAGGGUGAAGCCCUAAUCUAAGGAAUUCAUACUAGAUUUAUACCCUCAAUAUCAACACUGGAUUAUCCAUAUAAAACAUAUAUAUUGACGCUGUUUUCGGCAACACAGUAUCCACAGUUUCUCUUUGAAGAGGAACAUUUAUGCAUUUAACAACAAUUUGGCAAAAAUGACUCAAUGUUUGAGCAAAAGAAGAAAUCAACAAGCAUGAAGAAGAGUUUUUGAUACGGAUGAGUGUAGAGCCUACUUGAUAAUUUGGGGUUAUAAUCUUCCUCUUUUAAGAGGUUUAAUGGCAGCUUGAUUCCAUGAUGUCGCAUUACUGCCACCUUCUGGAAUUACACUACACUACACCACACUACUCACCUGAAGUAGGACAAAACAUGUUUUUAAUAUAAAUAAAUUAGGAAAAAGUUAAGAAAAUUGGAUGCUGUUAAAGUUCCACUAAAUGUCUCAAACUGUGGUGCAUGUAACACCAGUGGUACGCUAGCUUCCUCUGGUGGUACUUGGAGGAAAAUACUGUUCUACUGUAUGAACCAGGGUAUGUGAUCAGAGUGUGUAGGAAAUUACAUUUUAAACGAAAGUGAAAUAGAGGAGGAUGAUGAGAGAGCAAUUUAUCUUAUCGGGAAUAAAUCUGCCUCCUGUGAAACGUCCUUAGCUGACUGAAAUGUCAAUAGAUGUUAAUCCACAAAAAGUUUAAAGUUUAUUUGUAACACGAGUAAAAAUAAAAUAUGCCAAAAUACUUGGUGUCUCAAAGACGAUAAAAUAUCACAAUAAUUUACUGUAUCAAUGGUUUAUUCCUCACCCCUAGUACUACUUAAUUACUCAUGUGUAAGAUUAAGAUUUUAAAUUAUUCCCAUUUGGCUGAAAUGAAAUGUCAUGUAUGUAUUUAAAUGUACAAUCAAUUGAAUGUAUGAAGUGUUGCUUUAAUGAACCACAGAACGAACCCUUCAUAUUCACAUCAGCAGCGGGAAUUUUUCUCAAAUUUCCAAGUUUGUAGUUGGUAGUUUGAACUGGAGCGCCCCCUUCAGGUCGGGUUUCCAAGGCGCAACAACCUCACAAACCCUGUCACAUGAUUCCAAAGUGGCUGCCAUUCGUGUCAGUUGUACAAACAAAACAAAAAAACGUCACUAAGACUGUGACGUCACCCUGCUGCUAAAUCCUACACACGAUGAGCUGAUUAUUUUCUUAAUAUGUGUAAAGAAAGAGGACAUUGUGUAUUGCGUGAUAUAAAAAUCAAAUCUGCACCAUGAAAUGGAAAAAAUUGGAUCUAUUGUUUUGUGGAUGAGAUGUUUUGUCAGCUUGGACGUACUGGAUCUUCCUCUGAAAACCAAGACUUUAAAGAUUUGAAACUUGUUGUUUACCACACAGACGUACCAGGAAGCAUCACUGAUAUUACUAAAAGAUCCUUUGGUACUGUCUUUGUUUUUGUUUACUCAGUAUGAUGUUUUAAGAAUGAGUGUCUGCACUGGAGAUUUAAAACAAUAUUCAGACGGUAAACAUGUGUUUACAAAUGCAGUGAUUCCCAAACUAGGGGUCAAACUAAUGUCCUUUUGAAUCAUGUGAGUUCCAAGUGUCUGGCUUUGGGGGUCAGGGGGCAGAACAUUUAAGAGAAUCACUGACACAGAGUUUUAAAAUCUGCACAGAAGAAGCCAAAAUAAAAUGUACAUACUGUAUGUCAAGUUGUAGAUUGCAAUUGGACAGACUGAUGUUUCCCGGCUCCAACACACACCUGAUUGUGAUUCUGCAGAACCCUGGUAACGACACACUCAUUUGAAUCAGGUGUGUUGGAGCAGGGAAACAGACUCAGGUGUGUUUGAUUUAUCACACAGACUCACAUUCCAAUCCUGGUUUUCCUUAACAGUUCAUGUUUAUAUCCGUGAGUGUAAUUUAUCAUUUCGCAUGUUUGUGUUAUAGGAUUGUGGGAAUUGAUUUGUUCUGUCUGUGUUAGUUUAUCUACUUUUACCUUCACACAAUGGUUCAGUCCAAUUAGGGUGGAGCUAGGAGGAGUAUAAGAAGCCACCCGAGCAUGAGGUGGUUUGGGAGAAGGGAUGUUGUGUCAGAGGGAUGUUUUGAAUUUGUUUGAAUGUUUGUUGUUUUCCUGGGACCUUGGCUUUUUCUUCUGUUGCACUUUUGGGCAAUAAAAUCACAAACUUC